GAUGACGUCUACUCCCCAGCCAACAUGGCGAAGAAACAACGUGGGAAAACAGCUCCGUCGUCAAAGACGGCGGUUAAAGCAAAACAGACAGAAAAUUUCAGUUUAGUUCUCGAGUCCAGUGACGAUGAGGCACCCGAGGAGGUAACAUUUGAAGACUCAAAGGCUGAAGCCUUACGGAGCAUGAAAGAGGCGCUGGACACGGCCAGAAGAGAAAAGGAGCUGCUGAAAGAGAAGAGGAGGAAGAGACAGGAGUUGUUCCAGGAACAGAAGAAAAGAAAACUCUUACCUGCUGACGUGUUGGAGGAAAUCGAUUCAGCUCCUUCAAAGAAGCAGAAACAGUCUGAGGAUGAAGCUGAAGAGGAGCAGCAGGAGGCUGAAAAGGACGAGACGAGGAAGGAGAAAAAGAAGAGGAGCAAGAAACUGGCGCAUGCCCGAAAUCUGAAGGGAAACUACACGGUGAAGACGGUGAAGGAGCGAGGGUCAGCGUCCUUCCAGCAGCAGGUGGCGCAGGAUUUCCUCCAGUCCAGACUGUACGGACCAGGAAGCUGCAGGACCACAAGUAACGAGCUGCUCUCCCUCCAGAACAAGAAGGGGAGGAAUAAAAGUGCAGCGGUGCAGUUUGUCAAGAAAGACUGGGCCUGUAACGAAAAAGCCAAAGCAGAGAAGCUGAAGAAGAGGUGGAUCCACAAGCAGCAGAUUCCUUCCCGCUGACCAGUCGCGUUGACUCCCAAAAACCUCGACCCGGGCCGGCAGACGUUCGCUGAGCAGCACAGAUUACGCUGCUCCCUCUGCACACUGAAUUCAAACGGACACCAGUCAUGGCCGACUGUCAGAAAGACAGAGGACGAAGUCGCUGAGGUUUGGGGACAGGACUCGCUCAGGACAACAAAUUAUAUUGACUUAAUGUGGAUGCGGCAGCAGCCUGAACCCGUCAGGUCAUCACCAAGAUUUAAACGAUAGAAACAUCUGAGGACAAAGUGCUGCUUGACCAACCCACACAUGGAGUUCACAUAACCUGAACUCUAAAACCUUUUGUUCCUUUGGUUUAUGAGCUGGGACAUUUCAUCUGUUUCUUAAAGAGCAGAACAUGUAAAGAUACGUGUUUAUAAAGGUGGAUUUUUAUCUGUAACUUUAUACUCAAGUUAAUUGCAUCAGAUGAUCUGAUUUUUGUUUUCUGUAAAAUGACCAUAAAUAAAAGCUUGUCGUUGUA